AUGCUUCGAACUGUCUCUUGCUCCACUUCUCUCACCUCUUCCUCUCCCUUCUUUCCUCGUUCUUACUCGUCCACUGGUGCUCUCCGUGGCCCCGGUCGCAACCUUCGCCGGAUUUCCUCUCCUUCUUCCACCGGAAGACGUGGACUAAGGGUUCUCUCCGACGCAGGUCGCAGUCUCAAUAGGAAACUCUCUCGCCUCUCUGUUCGCGCCGUCGCCACACAACCCGCACCAUCUUAUCCUGAUGUAGGUAAAGAUGAGGCUGAGAAGCUUGGAUUUGAGAAAGUGUCUGAAGAGUUUAUCUCAGAGUGUAAAUCAAAGGCUACUCUUUUCAAACACAAGAAAACUGGUUGCGAGGUUAUGUCUGUGUCAAACGAGGAUGAGAACAAGGUGUUCGGCAUUGUUUUAAGGACUCCUCCGAAGGAUUCCACUGGGAUUCCGCACAUACUGGAACACAGCGUUCUAUGUGGGUCUAGAAAGUACCCACUCAAAGAGCCAUUUGUUGAACUACUUAAGGGAAGUUUGCAUACUUUUCUAAAUGCAUUUACAUAUCCUGAUAGAACCUGUUACCCCGUUGCUUCCACAAAUACAAAGGAUUUUUACAAUCUUGUGGAUGUAUACUUGGAUGCUGUCUUCUUCCCCAAGUGUGUGGAUGACGUUCACACUUUUCAGCAAGAGGGCUGGCACUAUGAGCUUAAUGAUCCCUCAGAAGACAUAUCUUACAAAGGUGUUGUCUUUAAUGAGAUGAAGGGUGUCUAUUCACAGCCUGAUAAUAUCUUAGGGCGAAUUGCUCAACAGGCAAAUAUUCCGAUGCUAAAGUUCAUUCCUAUUACCUUAGUGAUCAACGAAGACUUCCACCGUAAGUAUUAUCACCCAAGCAAUGCCAGAAUCUGGUUCUAUGGAGAUGAUGAUCCAGUUCAACGCCUUCGUAUCUUGAGUGAAUACUUGGACAUGUUCGAAGCAAGUCCAUCUCGAGAUGGUUCAAAGAUUGUACCUCAAAAGCUAUUCUCUGAGCCUAUCAGAAUAGUUGAGAAAUAUCCUGCUGGUCGAGAUGGUGACCUUAAAAAGAAGAACAUGGUGUACAUUAACUGGCUAUUAUCUGAGAAGCCCUUGGACUUGGAAACUCAGCUCGCACUUGGGUUCUUGGAUCAUCUUAUGCUGGGAACUCCUGCUUCACCACUAAGAAAACUCUUAUUGGAAAGCGGUUUAGGAGAAGCUCUUGUCAGCAGUGGGAUGUCAGACGAGCUUUUGCAGCCCCAGUUCAGUGUUGGUAUGAAAGGUGUGUCUGAGGAUAAUGUUCAAAAGGUGGAAGAGUUGAUCAUGAGUACGCUAAAAAAGUUGGCAGAAGAAGGGUUUGACAGUGAUGCUGUGGAGGCAUCUAUGAAUACUAUUGAAUUUUCUCUGAGGGAAAACAAUACAGGAUCGUUCCCUCGUGGUUUAUCACUUAUGCUCCAAUCUAUUGCAAAAUGGAUAUACGAUAUGGAUCCUUUUGAGCCGUUGAAGUAUACAGAACCAUUGAAAGCCCUGAAAGCUAGAAUAGCUGAGGAAGGUUCCAAGGCUGUCUUCUCCCCAUUGAUAGAGCAGUUUAUUUUGAACAACUCCCAUCGCGUGACCAUAGAGAUGCAGCCUGAUCCUGAAAAAGCUUCUCAAGAGGAAGCGGAAGAGAAGAGUAUCCUGGAAAAAGUUAAAGCAGGUAUGACAGAAGAAGAUCUUGCAGAGCUAGCGCGUGCUACAGAGGAGCUGAGAUUGAAACAAGAGACUCCUGACCCUCCUGAAGCACUAAGAUGUGUCCCAAGUUUGAACUUGAGUGACAUCCCAAAAGAACCUACUUAUGUUCCCACUGAGGUUGGAGAUAUUAAUGGUGUGAAGGUUUUGAAGCAUGACCUUUUCACAAAUGAUAUUGUAUACGCUGAAGUAGUCUUUGAUAUGAGUUCGCUCAAACAUGAGCUUCUUCCACUAGUACCACUGUUCUGUCAAUCACUAGUGGAGAUGGGCACAAAAGAUUUGACGUUUGUACAACUUAAUCAGUUGAUUGGAAGAAAAACGGGAGGAAUAUCAGUUUAUCCCCUUACCUCAUCUGUGAGUGGGAAGGAUGAACCGUGCAGCAAAAUUAUUGUACGUGGAAAAUCGAUGGCUGGACGUGCUGAAGACCUUUUUAACCUGAUGAAUUGCUUGUUGCAAGAGGUUCAAUUCACAGACCAGCAGCGGUUUAAACAGUUCCAAUCGUCAUUUCUCAUUUCAAUGCAGAACCGAUUGAGAGGAAGUGGCCAUGGAGUUGCUGCGGCGAGGAUGGAUGCAAUGUUGAACGUUGCUGGAUGGAUGUCUGAACAGAUGGGUGGUCUCAGCUAUCUUGAAUUCUUACGCACCCUUGAAAAGAAGGUGAAUGAAGACUGGGAAGGGAUAUCAUCUUCACUUGAGGAGAUCAGGAGAUCUCUCCUUGCCAGGAAUGGUUGCAUAGUUAACAUGACUGCAGAUGGGAAGUCUCUCACCAACAUCGAAAAAUCUGUUGAGAAGUUCCUAAACUUACUCCCUGAAACCCCAUCUGGGGGCCUCGUCACUUGGGAUGGUCGACUUCCUCUGAGAAACGAAGCCAUUGUCAUACCAACCCAGGUAAACUAUGUUGGAAAAGCUGGAAACAUAUACAGCACAGGGUAUGAGCUUGAUGGCAGUGCAUAUGUUAUAUCAAAGCAUAUUAGCACUACAUGGUUAUGGGAUCGUGUUCGUGUAAGUGGUGGUGCGUAUGGAGGUUUCUGUGAUUUCGAUUCGCAUUCAGGGGUGUUCUCGUUCUUGUCGUACCGUGAUCCAAACUUGUUGAAGACACUUGACAUAUAUGAUGGAACUGGAGAUUUCUUACGUGGACUUGAUGUGGAUCAAGAAACGCUCACUAAAGCUAUCAUUGGAACCAUUGGUGAUGUUGAUUCAUACCAGUUACCUGAUGCCAAAGGUUAUAGCAGUUUGAUGAGGCAUUUACUUGGGGUAACUGAUGAAGAACGACAAAGAAGGCGAGAAGAGAUAUUAACAACAAGUUUGAAGGACUUCAAGGAUUUUGCCGAGGCAAUAGAUGUGGUAAGAGACAAAGGUGUAGCAGUGGCUGUGGCGUCCGCAGAAGACAUUGAUGUGGCCAACAAUGCACGCUCCAACUUUUUCGAGGUUAAGAAAGCUCUUUAAAUUGACAACUCUUUACACUUGAUACGAUUGAGAAUCUCAUUAGAUUUCUCUACUGGAGUAAGUGUAAUAGUACAUGAAUUUCACAUUAUACGAAGCAUUUUUUCGCUUUCAACUUAUGAAUAAUCGCUAUAUGAUAAAUCUUAUUACAGCAUAUGAAAUCC